AGGUCAAAGUCUUGAGUAAUAAUCCUACACAAUUCUCCUGGACGCACCGGUGCUCUAAGGUUGGACCAUUCAACGUGACUGUCACUGCGUGCAAUCUGGUUAACACCAUUGUCAAAAGAGGUGAAGGGGUGUGUACACAAAAGAAAUGCAACUUCCCCAAUGUGACCAUGAAAUCUAAUUUGGUCGGACUUAGCCCUGAAAACGCGGUAGGGUACCCUAAAAAGAAGGGGUUCAAGAUCAGCAACGUCAUAGCUCUAGACUGCGAAGCAACUGACAAGACUGAGUUUCAAUGGCAAGUUAAUAAAAUGGAAACUGUCUCCAAGGAAAGGAGUGUUUCUCUAGCAACGUCUAUCUCAUUGACUGCUCCAAGCCUGGAUGUUCCCGCCAGAGGGAUUUCAGAGUACGGGAUAUUCCGUCUUAUUUUUAGCGUGGCUAUGGUCAACGUAACAGGAGUCGUCAGCUAUUCCUAUGGUUACAUCAAAAUUGAAGCAUCUGACAUAGAAGCAGUAAUAGAUCAGGGGACAUCCAGAGCAGUAGGGCAGGGAAAAGAUACAACAGUCAGUAGCCUCGAGAGCACUGAUCCAGACGAAGUUAAUAGCAAUCCAAGUGACUUUCAAUUCUGUUGGUUCUGCGCUAAGAAGGGAAGCUACAACCCUGACCUGUUGGAAAACUGCACCCAGCUCGACGCCUACCCCAUAAUACCAAUUCCAAUAACGGAUUCGGGUAAUGACACCAAUAGCACCUCGACCGAGCUUGAUGAGGACGGCUGCUUUGGGUAUCCUCUUGGAAGACUAAAUACAUCCGCGCCAAAGAUCACAUUUAACACGCUCAGGAUGACAGCCCACUCAGAUUAUGACGUGUGUGUUCAGGUCAGCAAGGAUACGCGGAAAAGUACUGCUUGCAUUACUUUGCAAAUAACAGCUGGAGACCCUCCUGAAGUGGCGAUUACCUGUUCCAAUCUAGUUCCAAACUGUGGAAGGAAGGUAAACCCCUCGGUAAACCUGAAUUUGAUUGGAAACGCUGUUUGUGAUUUAUGCGGUGAUCCGAAUGCUGUCGCAUACCUGUGGAUAAUAUCUGUAAAAAAUGGUGAUAAGUAUGAUGAUGUUUCAAAUCCAGCCGACAUGGUGGCCACUCCUCUCGACGGAAAAACACUUGCCGUGAAACCCGAGACGCUUACAGGGGGAAAAACUUACAAAUUCCGCUUGGAAAGCUGGGUUAAAUCAACUAAAAAACAAGUGUUUGGAUUUGCAGAAUAUGAAAAGGAGGUGAACAAGCCGCCCGAGGGAGGAUCUUGUGAUGUCAGUCCAAAGCAGGGUUUCGCCCUGCAGCCUGACUUCAAAAUCACUUGUUCCGGAUGGGUUGACGAUACUAAACUGAUCUACAGUGUAACAGCCAGUGUCGAGACUGGUCAAGCAGAACUUCCCAUUUCGCCCGCCGAGCCACUUUCUCUCGAUCAGUCUUAUUCUCUGUCAUCUAAAACUUUACCAGUUGGCUUAGCUCAGAAUGAAUACUGGAUUAACGUCUUUAUAACAAUCAAAGAUGAAGACGAUGCUGACACAAAAUUCCCCGUAAAAGUGCAGGUCAAAAUGCCCGCAGGAAACGCAGAAGAAAUUUCUGCCAAGUUGGAUGAAGCAACAGCUAAUAUCGAUGUACUUAUAAGCUCUGGUGAUCCCGAUGCGGCGUUGAAUGCGAUCGGUGGAGUUGCUUCUGCUAUGUCCGCCCAAUCAGCCCAACAAGAUUCUGAGCAGAAUGAAGAGACAACUAGUGAGGAAGAGCAGAAGAAACAGAAGGAGAGGAAAGAAAUGCUCGUUGGAAUACUCACAAAGAUACCUCCUCCCUCAAACCCUGAAGAUGCCUUAAAGAUAACAGGAGCUUUGGAAGCUAUCAACACUGGACCUAAGACGACACUCUCAUCUGAUGCGAAGGGUAAAAUGGCUGAAACCAUGUCAAAAUGUGCCGGUGUCCUCCACUCUCCAAUGAGUUCCAAGAAACGGGAAAACUUAGCGAAGUCUCUUGUGACCAGCAUCAGUGCUGUAUUAAUUCCUGGUGGUGAUGAGGGACAAAAAUCUUCCGAGGAUUCUACCGAAGAUAAGGGUGAUGACGAGGACGAGAAGGCCAAGCAGAAGACACUUGAAGUUACUAACGUGAUUUUAUCUACUGCUGGUAACUCUUUGGUUACUGGCGAAGAGUUUAAAGUGGAGAGUGCAGAUCUUAGUCUUAAGGCAAAGAAAGAGAGCAUGAGCAACGUGAAGGGGGUUGAAGCUGGCGGAAGUAAAAUCAAGAAUCUCGGCGCGGCUGUCGAUAAGAACUCGUCUGAACCAGUUCAGAUGCAAAUGUCCUCUUUCAGUGGCAGUCCCUAUGGUAAAUCCGCUGGAAAGGUUGACAGCGGGGUCACUCAAUUAGAACUCAAAGAUGAAAGUGGAAAUCCUAAGAACAUCUCUAACCUCACCUUAUACAUGGAUAUUUUUGUUCCGGCGAAAAAUGGCUUGGCAAAGCCUGAAACAUACACCAUCAAAAUGAGUGAUAUGCUUGUGAUGGAGUUAAACGUGACGAACAAUAAAAGUGCAAUAUACGUGUGGGCCGUCCCAGAGCAUAAUGGCACACAAACUGUGAUAUUCUGCAAGAGAGGAUCCAAACCAUCAACAACUGACUACGACUUUCGUCAAACUAUACCGAACAAUCCGUUUAGGAACGAGUCUGAGGAGACUGCGUCGGGCGAAAAUUCAACUGAUGCACAGUCUGAUCCGCAACUUUAUCAAAUGUUCUUGGACAACGAUGCUUUGAACCAAACGGCCAGCGGUAUCUGGUUCUGCGGCUUUUACUACAAUGGAUCUGUUCAACAAAAUGGCGAUGAAAAGCCCCCUGCGGAAAACAAGCUGAACAUCACAAUAUUUGAAAGUACUUGCAAAUACUACAACACUAUCAAUAAGACAUGGGAUUACGAUGGUUGCAAGGCUGGUCCGCUAACGACUCCAACGGAACGACACUGUCGGUGCAACCAUCUGACAUCUUUCGCAAGUGACUUUUUCGUGCCACCCAACAAAAUCGACUGGGAUAAAGUCUCUUUGGCAGAGCUGCUCAAUAACCCUUUGGUAUUCUCAGUGGUGUGUGGUAUAUUCGGUCUGUAUUUCCUUCUAGUUUUAUGGGCGAGACGAGCGGACAGAAAAGACUUGGAAAAGGUUGGAGUCGCUCCUCUACCAGACAACGACCCGCGUGACACGUACAUGUACGAGGUCGUAGUUUACACGGGAUACUCGAGUCAUGCAGGAACAUCAUCCGAGGUUCGUAUGGUGCUAACUGGUGGUCUAGACGAAACCUCUCCUCGUCGCUUAAAAGACACGGAACCCGGCCGGAGAAAGUUUUGUCGCGGAAAUGUGGAUUACUUUUUAUUGAGCGUGCCUCGGUGCUUAGGAAAGCUGAAGACUUUGAGAAUUUGGCACGACAACACUGGCGAUGAUCCGUCUUGGUACCUUCUUAGGGUCAUGGUACAUGAUGUACAAAGUGAUAUCAAGACCUGGUUUAUUUGCGAUCGCUGGCUAGCCGUGGAGGAAGAUGAUGGAUGCGUUGAGCGCGUACUGACCCCAGCCAGUAAAGAGGAGCUCACCAGCUUCAAUCUGCUAUUCUCCACUGAAGCUCGGAAGAAUUUGACAGACGGGCAUCUGUGGUUCUCCGUCGUCACACGCCCGGCGAAAAGUAAUUUCACACGAGUGCAGCGUCUCUCCUGUUGUUUAUCAAUCUUACUCUGCACGAUGCUUGCUAACGCGAUGUUUUAUCAAGUGGGAACCGAGUCUUCAAGUGGGACGUCUGUUCACAUCGGGCCUUUCAGUUUUUCUAUAAAGCAACUUUCCAUCGGUAUUACCAGCAGCUUAGUCGUACUUCCAGUCAACGUGUUGAUUGUGACAUUUUUCCGCAAGGCGCGGCCAGCAGAAGCCAAGAAAGGCCUGGACAAAGACCAGGAUCCUCACGGACAAAGCCCAAAAUAUGAACUAUCCGGCGAGAAAGCAAACCAAACCAGCAAAGAGUCGGAAACCGCUGAAAAAGAGGACGACGAGAAGAAAAAGGAAAACAAAAAGAAGAAGAAAAAGACUCUUCCACAUUUUUUUAUCUAUAUCUCCUACGUCUUGGUUUUUGUCUCUUGUACAGUUUCAGCAACUUUUACUGUGUUUUACGGGCUGACGUUCGGAAAAGAAAAAUCUGCAGGCUGGUUGUCAUCGAUGAUGAUUUCGUUUUGGCAAGACGUACUCAUUUCACAGCCUCUUAAGGUUUUCGCAGCUGCCAUGUUCUUUGCAGUGGUGAUCAAAGAUCCCAACAAGGCAGAAGAAGAAAAUGAACAGGAAGCCAACGAAUUAAACCCAGACGAGGAAACAAUUCAUAGCAAAACACAAAACAGCGAAGAGGAGAAAACUCUGAGAAAAAUUGGCUUUGUUGAUAAACCACCUAACGAAGAAAAGCUUGAAUAUGCCCGUCGACUCAAGGUUAAGCAAAAAGCCAUGAAGGUGAUCAUACGUGAAAUUGUUCAAUACUUCGUUUUCCUUAGCGUGUUACUGGUUGUGGCUUAUGGCAGCCGGGACCCGAUGGGCUUCCAAGUGACAAGUGCUAUGAGAAACAUAUUUGAGGAUGGGAAAUACUCAGGGCUUGGUGCAUUUGACGAGGUAUCAGAUUAUCGAUCUUACUGGGAGUGGGCUCAGCAAACGUUCAUCCCUACUCUGAUGCCACGGUACUGGUAUGGCCCCGUUGCCAUUGAUAACAAAGACAUUGUGAAUGAAGAAGCUACCAACAGUGAUACAAAAAGAACGAAACAUAAAAAGGUUGUGAGCACGAAAAUAACUGGCAGCAAAUAUAAUGAUGGUUCGUCCUUGGUGUUGUUUAACUACGAAGGCAAGUUUGUCGCUGAUCAUAGCACGGCGUAUCUUAUAGGAACGCCAAGACUUCGCCAACUCAGGAUACAGAAAAACAAAUGCAGCUUGCUUCCGACAUUCCGUGCUCUGUUCGACGAAUGCAACUUAGCCUAUGAUUGGGACUAUGAAGAUAAAGAAUAUUACGAGGAAGGCUGGGUGCCAGUGCCAUCUAAUACAAGCACUGAGGAAAUGAAGGAGACCCCAUGGACCUAUCAGACGCAAUGGAAACUAAAAGGAACUCCUUACUGGGGAAAAUUUGCUACUUACCUGGGAGGAGGUUACGUGGCAGACUUUGGAGCCAAACGAGAUGAAGCCGAAGAGAUAGCCAAAGAACUCUCUUCCUUAGGCUGGAUAGACCGGUAUACCAGAGCAAUCUUUGCAGAAUUCGCGAUUUACAAUGCUGAGACGAACUUCUUCUGUGUCGUUACUCUGCUAACCGAGAUUCUUCCAUCAGGAGGGUACCAUUUGAGCCCUAGAAUUCAAACAAUCCGACUCUACCGCUAUGUAGGGCCAGAAAUGGUGUUUGUAAUGGCCUGCGAAUUAGGCUACAUGGCGUUUCUGCUUUACUUUCUCUAUAAGCAGGUCAAGAAAUACAGGGCUGAGCGACGAGAGUAUUUCAAAGACCCGUGGAACUAUCCAGAGCUGUUAGUUCUUGGAUUUUCGUUGUCAGCAGUGGGGCUUUAUUUCGCGCGUCUGGCCCUCACUAAAUACAGUCUUCGCAGCAUGCAAGAUACACCAGACAAGUUUGUAAGCUUUCAGUACGUGGCAUUCUUGGAUGAAUGGGUGUCCGCCACAACAGCCAUGGCAGUGUUCUUCUCAGUAUUAAAAUUCCUCCGUCUGUUGAAAUUCAACCGACGCGUUUCCACCCUGAUGAUAACCAUUAAACUUGCUAGUAAACCUCUGUCGUCGUUCAUGCUGUUGUUCUUCAUACUGUUCUUGGCUUUUUCGCAGUUUGCGUUUGUGGUGUUUGGAAUCGAUAACGAAGACUAUGCGUCAUUCCCAAAGACUUUGGGAAGCAUGAUGUCCAUGACGUUGGGAAGUUUUGACUUCGGUUCUUUGACAAGUUCGAGCCGAAUUCUUGGUCCCGUGUUCUUCUUCUUGUACGUGGUGACGGUCUUAUUUGUUCUCAUGAACGUUUUCAUCGGCAUCUUAAAUGACGCACUGAGCGAAGUGUCCAAUGAUUCGUCCAUACAGUCCAACGAACAUGAAAUUCUCGACUUCAUGUUACACACCUUCAAGCGUACCGUUGGUAAACAGGUUGGCCCUGCGAUUAAACCCAACUACAAAGAACCAAAGAACCAGUUUGAGCUGAACUUGGACAGCAUCGAGGAAAUCUCAGAAAAUGUUCAGUACGCUUUGAGAAACAUCUGCAUGGAGGACAUAAGGCAAACAAACUGGUUUGAACCGGAAAAUACAAACAAGAAGAAAAAAAUUGUGAUGAUGCUGGUUUUGGAAACAGACGAAGACUUUACGGAAAACGACAUUUGUGAUAGCAUUCCCGUUCUUGAUGAUUUAAUGGCAAAGCACGAUGAAAACGAGCUUUUAAGGAAGCUCAUUUAUUACCGCGAAGAGAAAAGACUGGAAGAGGAAGCCUCCCAGAACGAGGACGACCAAUCAGGUAAAUCUUCGGAUGAUGACGACGACGAUCAGUCGGAGGACGAUCUCGACUCGGAUGACGACAACGCAAGCGUAGCGAGCGGGGACAGUGAAUCGAAACCCCAGAAGCAGAAACUGAGAUUCGUGGAACCUGCCGACACAGGAUCCAUGGACGGAAUGGAUCGAGGCUCCGCCCGGUCAGAGGCGAGGCUCAAUCUACAAGCAAGUGGCACGUCUGAAGUGUGAACUUGGACUGAGAAUUUUCCGACUAUUGUUCAUCUGAGGGUUCAAUUCACAUCUCAUUUUGCACUUGUACUCUUCUCACUGCACGCUAACACUUAACUUUCAAAAAACGUGUCUAUUAAAUAGACUUCUCGAGAGCAUGACUCGGGUAUACAUACUGUCACUCCAAGCCUUUAACUCCCAAGAUCUCUUUAGUAAUUCUCCUUACUGUCUACCAUACAGUUCUUGUGAUGUUAGUUUGAAGAAUUUGGUAUUGGAUCAACUAAUAAUCCCCUUAUUUAUAUUUUUCUUCAUUCUCAUCACUUGUCAGCUCGGCAUUGUAUUGAUAUUGUAAGGAGAAAUUCUGUCUUGGUCACUCAUGGGAGUUGAAAGGGUAACAUUAACCAGAGACGAACUAGUGAGUGAGGGCUAGUGAGUUCAGAUAAAUCAUUUUCUGCAAUGGUCGAAUUGAUCACUGGACUGAAUUAAUUUUUAACGUGUGUGAUUCAAAUGUCGAACAAACAUCGAAAUCAUUUGGCAAAUUGAAAGGUGAGAUAUUUUCAAGUAAGCCAAUUUAUUGCCAUUGAUGAAAGAAGUUGCUAAAAGGCGACAAAGAUCGCUGUUUAUAGCGGUGAAUUCAAUUGUCAAUUUACACUGUACCUUUCAUAGCUCACUUGAACUCAUUGGUUUUCCGUGAAAACUCCUAGCGAAGGUAAAAAGAAAAACACUCCUGAGUUUUAAAGUAUAAAAUAACACGGAUGGUAAACUGUGACCCAUGAGUUGCACAUAACAUAUUCUUUUUACCAGUGGACUCCUUCAUGUUCACUGUAAGGGUAAUUCGAUUUACACAGUUUGGAUUCGUGUCUUUAUUAAUGUAAAUAGAAUUUACACUAGCUCA